AGAAUCAACUUGGAAGAGACACGCUACACAUGCCAUGAGUGCGGGAAAAGCUUCAAUCAGUGCUCUACCCUUAUCAGACAUCAGACAAUCCACACAGGAGAGACGCCUUAUACAUGCGCUGAGUGUGGGAAAAUCUUUAGUCAGAGCUCUGCCCUUAUGAGACAUCAGAGAAUCCACACAGGGGAGACGCCCUACAUGUGCUCUGAGUGCAGGAAAAGCUUCAAACAGAACUCAAACCUUAUCAAACAUCAGAGAAUCCACAUGGGAGAGAUGCCCUACACAUGCUCUGAGUGUGGGAAAAGCUUCAAUCGGCGCUCAAACUUUAUUGCACAUCAGGGAAUCCACACGGGGAGAAGCCCUGCACAUGCUCUGAGUGUGGGAAAAGGUUCAGUCAUUGCUCAAGGCUCACUAGACAUCAGAAAAUCCACAUGAGAGAAAAUUGUAAUAUAUCCCGUGACUAGGGUUGGCCAAAGAAUU